AUGUCGGAGCUCUACACGAACAAAGUGUGUCUAUCGCCCAUGGUCCGUUGUGGAACUCUACCGCUGCGUCUCUUGUCGUUGCGGUACGGCGCCGACCUCGUCUACGGCGAAGAGAUCAUUGACAAGCGCAUUAUUUCUUCGGUCCGUGUACCUAAUGCGGUGGUUAAUUCCGUCGACUUUGUCAGCCGCAACGGCGACUCGGUCGUCUUUCGCACGUGCUCCGAGGAGGCUGAAAAGGUGGUUUUUCAGAUCGGAACAGCGGAUGCCGUGCUGGCGCUCAAGGCAGCGGAAACAGUCGCACGGGACGUAGUAGCUGUGGAUAUUAAUAUGGGCUGCCCUAAACACUUCUCCAUCCAAGGUGGGAUGGGUGCAGCGUUGUUGCAGAAACCAGAAGUUGCUUGCGAUAUUAUGAAAACUCUCCGUCGAAACCUGAACAUUCCAGUCUCUUGCAAAAUCCGGCUACUGCCAGACUCGCGCGACACAAUCGAUACUGCGAAACGACUGGAAGAUGCUGGAGCAUGUGCAGUCGGCGUGCACCUGCGGCAGAUUCAUGAGCGUCCUCGUGACAAGGCAAGUUGGGAAAAGCUAGCACCCAUUGUAUCGGCACUGUCAGUUCCUGUGCUCGCGAACGGAGACGUCUUCAUGCAUGAGGACAUCGACGAGUUGCGGAAGAUUUCGGGUGCAUCUUCCGUCCUCAUUGCGCGCGGUGCUCUUGCUAAUCCAUCUAUCUUCCGAAAGGAAGGUCGUUUGCCUGUAGACCAGGUAGUGCGUGACUAUUUACAAGCUGCUGCGGAGGUAGACAAUGUGUAUCAAAAUACCAAGUACAAUGUCAUGCGUAUGAUUCCGAGUUUCUCCGAGGAUUCGUUGGCAAGUGGCAAUCAGUACGGACGGUCGACAGGAGCUCGUGUCGUUACUGUUCCUGAGCUAGCUGCAACGAAGAACGGUAUGCAGAUGUAUUCGCUGUGGAACUUGCAAAACACCUACAAAGAGCAUCAGGACCGAUUUCAGGCCAUGGCUGCAACGCUUGAUAGGAACGCAAUACAUGAGGGGCAAGUAUCUGAGAUGUCCAGAAGUCUGCCUGGUGCACCUGAGCGGUACGCAAAGGCACUUGUGCAGGACGGCGAGUUACCAAGUAGUUACGAAAGUUGUUCUGGAAAACUGGGGCUUUUCUGCAAAACAUGCAAGAUCCAGUUGCUGAGCGCACAGGAUUUCAAGCUGCACUGCAAGGGUCGAAGGCACAAGAGUGUGUUGCGAAGACAGACUGCUACUACCAUCUCCAAGCUCGUAGCAAAAGCUCAUCUGGAGCAGCAGGAUGUAGCAGAAGAUACUUCUGACUUUGACUGCCUACAUGGCGAAAGUGUUGAGAGUGGGGAUACGGCACUAGAGCCCGAGGCACAGGAAAACCGGAGUGUCAAACGCGUGAAGCAUUAG